UCUUUACUCUACAGCCAACGAGAGGAAAACCCCAGCAAUGUCGGGGCGGAGCGGGCGCGGGCGCGGAGGCGGGGGCGGGAGGCCGACGAAGGCGGACCAGCUGAUGCAUGGGGCCAUCGACCACUUCGGACGGAUGGGCUACGCCGAGUCCGACAUCCGCAGCACCGUCGGGCAACUCAUCGAGGUCUAUGGGGAGGAUGCUUCGUCGUUCCUGAAGGAAGACGAUUACCGGGUCGUGCAGGACGCGCUAUUUGAGAAGCAGGAGCAGGAAGAGCAGCAGCAGCAGCAGGAGAAGCCUAAACAAAACGAAGCAGCAACCUCUGAGGCACGAACAGCAAGUGACAUGCCAAUUGUGGACAUGCACAAUGAGAUGCCACCUGGGGCUGAGUUAUCAGUUGAGGGAGUAGACCCUAUGCUCAUCGACCCGCCUGCUCCUGAGGCUACAAUGGCACCUCCUGCAGCUACAGGAACUAGUAGAGCAGGGCGUCCCUGCUAUGGAUGGAUUAGCGAAUCUGAGAGUGAUUCGGACUAUGAAGAAUACCUCGCCAGUCGACGACAGGCGACACAUGCUCCAAUCCCAGGAAGCGGCUGAGUGGAUAGAAUGUGAAAUGAAGCCCCACUUAACUGGAUGGACCUACUGUCUGCUUAUUGCUGUAAGCAGCUUGCGAGAUGCUUACUGUAGAACUUACGGUUUCCUUGGUUGUGUACGCAAAAGUGUGGUCCAGUUUGAACGGUGACCGCAAGACUGCACACACUGUAAACCAGAUACAUCUAUACGUGUACAACACUACCGUAAAAGAAUGGAGGUC